UACCACGACGCUGCUUUAGGAAACUUUGAUCAGACGCGCAAACUUUUGUUAGAGUUUACGCUUUAAAAUAAAAGAACAGUAAAUAAACAACAACUUAAUGAUAGUAUUUAAUACAAGCGACGUCACACUGACAGUGAAAUUAGUGAGUUUAAUGAAAUUAGAGUGAAUAUGCCUCCCAAACGGAAUAAAAGUGUUACUCCAUCUGGGGCAACUCCAACCGGGGCAGCUGCUGCUAAUAAAAACUGGGAAACAGCUCUUACUGCUGCUGUAUUUGAAGAGAAUGACUGGAGGGCCAGUGUGUCUAUGGUGCAGGCAGAGAGAGCAGAGGACGAAAAGCUCAUCAGUGCCCUCCUGCAGGCGGUCCAGCAGCCCCUGCGCAAACUCUUCAGCGUGCUGUCCUGGGAGGACACUCUGGAAAAGAUCGAUGAACUGGGAAACCCAAAGACCAGAAAGAUCAAAGAUGUUCCCAUGUUUUGUGAGGUGACUGAAGUUGCAAAGUCUAUAAUGGAUGUUGGAGAGGAAAUUACUGUGGACCUGAUAGCAAAAUUAAUAAAGUUUCAGCUUCUGACCAUCAAAAACAAUGACAUUGCAAGGAGGGCUGCUGAGCACAAGGCUGUAGAGGAUAAUGCCCAUGUUAAAGCGGGACUGAAUUCUGCUGGCAAGGACCAGGGGGGUAAAGGAGCAGCAAAGGGGAAGAAAGCUGCUGAGCUUCCAGUUCCAACCAAAGACACCAAACUAAAACGUAGAGGGGAAGAGGAAAAUACAAUCAAAUACAUAGAUGAUGAGCCUGAUGAUGGGCCGCAGCACUACAUCCUGAUUUUGGGGUUCUGCCAGCCUCAUUUAAUCUCUGCGUUGGACUCUCUGGGUAUCCACGUGUCCAAUAUCAUUAAAUUGGGCUUAGAGAGAAAGGUGCAUUUAGAAGCUCCAGAGGAAACAGUGGCAGAGGAGAAUCACCAAUUGCUCGCAGAUCAAGAAGUUGAGACUCUGAAACAACAGAGGCAGCGGGAGCUAGAUGUGUUCUGGAAGCAUCUGGAUCAAGUCUUGAACAGUGGGAAUAUGGGAUCCAGACUCAGUGAUGUUGCCAGGUUGAACUAUAGCGUGAAGAUCCAUUUGCUGCCCCAGGACGAAUGCAACACUGAAGCUAUGCUAGCAUUUGGAGCUGCUAUAUUUGAGGGGGUGGCAUGUCUGGUGUAUGACAGCCUGGACUGGAGGAGACAGUACAGCCAUUAUCUCAACUGCACGAGGUUGAUCCAGGUGCCCGAGGCCAGCAGAUCCAUCCAGCAGUCCCGACCACUGAGCUCCACUGAGUUUCUACAAACCCCGAGGAAGAAAGGAGUGUCAGAGGAAGACCAUGGUGAGCCUGAGUCUCCUGUUCUGAGCACAGAGGUUGAUAUGAGAUACUACUGUGAUUUACUGGACAGGAUUCCUACUGAAAUCACAUCUGUACCUCUUAUAUUGCAUUGCAUGCUUGAACAGGUGGUGGCUUCAGAACAGGAAGGAUCCGUUGAUUCAGAGGAGUGCUUUGACAAAACAGAUCAAGAUCUAAUCAGUUAUAUGCUCUCAUCUGUCCUGAGCCUGCCACAGGAUGAAGAAGACAAGAAGGAACUGAUGGAGGAUCUUGGGAUGCAGAACAGCCCAAAUACUGAUCAAAAACACCCGCUCCUGCUCAAUCACCAUGAUGAGAGAGCGAGGAGACUCCAUCAGCUUCCUGUCCUAGAUGGUUUUGAUGUCAUCAAAAUUGAAGCGGACAUUAUGAAACGAAGCCAUGUGUGGACCAACCUGAUGUCCAGACACACUGAAAGUGCCAUUGAUAGACUGACUAGAUCACAGGAGCUACUGCACUUCUGCACUGACGAGUCAAUGAGCUGGUCUGAGCUACAGAGGCUUCUCCAGCUGUUUGUGUUUGAGAGUAUGCCGUUGACUACAGUGGACGAGAACAGCUGUAUUAAAGGAUCUCAAUCAGAUCCUCCAAACCCUACACCAUGGGACAACCCUGUUGAAUUCACCAAACACCUGUACUGGAGCAACAGCGGGAUACCAGGAUCAGCAGAAAGCAAUACUGGGACUGAUGAACAAAUGCAGGUUAAUGAAGUGACUAUAACAGAUCUCCAGAAGACACUGAUUCAUCAGCUGGAAAACUGGAACUUUGUAGAGAAGCACAGUGCUUAUGUUUUCCCGCAGGUCAUCCAGUCUGCCUCUGAGACUUUCAGAUGUGUGGACACAUUUCACUCUAGCAGAGACAAUGCGAUAUAUGUUGUCUGCCACAAUCCCAUGACCCCUCAGAGGAGUUGCAAAGAAUACUGGGAUGCAUCACUUCAUACAGAUGUGGGCUUCAGAAACUACUUGGAAUAUGUGGCACACUCAAUCAGUGAAUGGACCAGGCAGGAAGAGGAAAAAUGGCAGAUGGAGCAGAAGAAGAAAGAGGCGGAAAGAAAUCCUAUUCAAACCCCUUCAGAGACCGACAGGAAGAGAGACUGUGCAGUGAAGUCCCCAAUCUCAGACACAUUAGAACCAUACAUAAGAGAGGACUCUCUCAAAGCAUGGAAGAUCGAGCAGGAUAGAUUAAAGGAGGAGGAGCAAUCCAAAAAGACAAAGAAAGAAAAAGGAGGAAAAGCAACACCGAAAGUAGGAGAGAGAAUGGACUCAGUAAAGGAAAACAAGAAGACUCCGCUGUCCUCAAGAAAGAGUAGAGAUAACAUGUCCAAAACACCCAGCUCGGCCACACUACCUAGAGACAAGACCAGAGACUUUCCAGAAACGCCUCAAGAACCAGCAAAUGAGAGAAGAACAAAUGUUUUCACAGGCUACAGUUUGAAUGGAAAACUGGUGCAGGUCACUGGCAAAGUUCAGUCUCUCUAUCCCUGUGAUGAAGGACAAAUUGAUGUGGAGAGUUUUCACUUCACACAAGGGUUGACACAAGUGAAAGUAUGUGUGAAGAAGGAUGGCCAUCACUUCUACACACACAUUUCAGAUAGAAAAAAAGAAGACAAACUAAAGGAUAUUGAUAUGUUCAGUAGACAAGCUGCUAAUGGAGUCAAGCCAGAUUGUGAGAUCGAGAAAUUUGGCUCUUUUCAUGCUGUACUGUCCAAUGGCAUUCAGCUGUCCUGCAGUCAGAGCAAACCUAAUAAAACAAGAGGUCAGACUGUCCAACCCACUGUGCCCAGUGCCAUCUGUACAGACCAGCGACUACAGGAACAGGUGCCUGAGGUACACUGUGAGUCCGGAGACAACUCCUCUCUUCCACCGUUCCUCAAUCUGUAUGUAUCUCUUCCCAAUGGACUCAUCCUGCACUUUGAUUGUGAGGACUCAGCAGAUGGGGAAUCUUAUGUCCGAUCUCUGCUGAUACGACAGAGAUUUUAUAAUGCAGGGUCUAGAUCAGAUCUGACCCCAAACUUCAGCAUACACACUGAGGUCUCCAGGGUCAUCACCGGCAGAGGAACUGUCAUCAAACACAAGAAAGAUGGUUCUACUGAGGUCCUAUUUGCAGAUGGUACAGUCAGUACGAGUCCAGACUCUGGACCAGUGUGUGUGCUGGUUCCACACAUACUCUUAAAAGAGGAAGAGCCCAUUAAAGAGAUGAUAGUGGACACCAAAGACACUAAAGACAAGAAAGGCAAGGCUGAUUCUAAAGUAAAUACAGAGGUUGAGCAACAAAAGUCCAUAGAAAAUGAAAAACCAAAAUACUAUCUCGAGGUUAAUGGAGGCUCUUGGACCACCACAACCUCCUCUGGCUUCAGAGUCGCCUCUGUGGCCGGGAAGGAAGUUGAAGUGCAGCCGAUACUGGCCUAUCAUGCUACAGACCCCUUCAGUGGGACAGCUGUGGUCACAAGAGAGGACAAAGUGCUGUCUGUGCUGAAGAAAGAUGGAGCAAUGAUAGUGGAUCAUGCUGAUGGAACGCGUAUUAGCACCUUCUACCAGCAGGGAGAGCAACAACAACAUCUGAGCUCAGGAGAGAAACUGGUUAGGGUGGAAAAAGCUGAAUUUGCAACUGUGAUAAUGGACUAUGAGGGAAGAAUGUGUGAUGUUAUUUACGGGGAUGGCACUUCCAUCAGCGCAACUGCUCAUGGAUCAUAUAAAAUUUAUCCUCACGGUGGAGGUGUCCUCCAUAUUGAUAAGGAUGGUGGGGCAGUGUACACAUCUCACCAGUCUCAACAGAGAUCAGAGAAGGACCCACUAGGCCAAUAUGUGAUGAACCACAGAGAUGUCCUAUGUCAUGUGAUGGACCCCGAGGGGAACCACUUUCAAGUUAAUGCAGAUGGUCAGAUCACUGUCAUGGCUAAUGAAUCAGAAUUGAAAGAGCCAGAGGCAGAAACAGAGCUUCAGCAGAACGCUGGCUUUAAAACACACCCACCCAGGUUGUUUGUGGUACACGAGGACUGUUCAGCCUCAGAGCUGCUGAGAGCUCAAGAUGUUGAAGAUCUCCUACAGAAGGCUUACUGUGACUCUUCUGUCGCCGUUCUCACUGACCCACUGCCAGACUCAAAACAAUCAUUUGGCAUCACUCUGCUAAGGCCCUGCCCAGACAUCAACUCUCAUUGGCUCUCAUCCAAGCAAGAUGAUGACAUCAUUCCCACACACCUCAAAUCCAGGAAAUGGGAGUCAUUCCCUGCAUCUGAGAAGAGGACUCCAGGCCCCCCUUUUGGUACCACCCUUGGUUGUUGUCUUGAGUUAAAGGAGAAACCACCAAAGUCAAGUUCCAUCCGCACCAAACCGGUUUUGGAGUGCCCUAGCGUGCUGCUGGUGCGUCAGAUGACCCAGCAUCCACCUGUCACCGAAGCAUUGCGCAGGAAACUGCAAGACAAAGUCAAGGCGUAUUUGGAGCAGCUGCUACAGAGAGAGAAUCAAUGGGAGAAGAUGCAGUUGAAGGACCCGCGUACAGCAGAGGAGAAAGUUCAUCAGAAUGAUCUUCUGCAGCUUGUACUGUCCCUGCCUGAUGCUGUAGAUCCUUCAGUAGCAAUGGAGAUAAGGUCAGCUGAUGUGGUGUCUCUCUAUACUGAAGCAGUGCGAGCAGCUCAACAUCCCCACAAGCUCCAGGAAAAAACAGAAGAGAAAAUUACCAAAAGUGUCAAAAAAAAGAAGCAAAAGUCACUGUGGGAAAACAGGAUUAACCAGCACAGGCAAGAACUCCAGGAGCAGAGAAGACACAGAAAUGCACUCAGACACCAUAUUGUUACUCCAUACUUUCACCCUGAGCUGAAGGAAAUGUCACUCUUUACGAAUGAGGAUCUAAACCUGAGCUCACUCACCCUGGAUCUUCCACCCUUCCCCAAAAUGCAGCGCUUCUCCACGGACUCCUCAUCUGGCAGAAGUAGUUCCUGUGAGGUUUAAAGAAUAACAAUAAUAUUUAAGUAAAUCUUUAAUAGAAAUAUUUCAGAAUUGAGCUUUGGGUACUUUAGCUGAUUCUACAAUUACAAAUGCAUUUAAAACUUGUGAAAGCUUUGCCAAGGAAUCUGUCCUUAUUCAACAUUUUCUGGAAAUGUUUCACUCCAAAAAAUAGUGCAAAAAAUUGUGAAGCCUUCAAAUUGCCUCUUUUUUUUUUGCAUACAUUUUUGUAUAGAUAUUGUUAAAUCUCAUACAAAUUUUGAAUCCACUCAAUAAAAAAAUAUAGAUAAAUAUUUCCCUCAAAAUAUAUGAAACUGCAAUUGUUUAAUGCCAAAUGCAACAUGAUUACUAAACCUAUUGCCCUCAACAAUAGCUAUUCUUAGGCAUUCACAGAAUUUUAUUACAAUAAUGGAAGCAGGUCUGCCAAGAUUAGAAUAAUUAAGGCAUCUUAAGGAAGAACCCUAGGGAGAAUUAAUAAUGAAAGUUAAAACCUUCACUUUUAAAUAUUCUUGAAAAAAUGGGUGUGGAUGGAUAUGCUUAGUUAGUUACACGUGGUAAUGAAUGAUUCAGGAGAUGUCAAAUAAAAACCGCACUUGCUGUUUUUUGUGAACCAGUUUGUGUGCUUACAAAGAUAUGCUUAUUUUAAAAUUGCAAUUAAAACCACAAAUUGUUAAAAUCA